GAACUUCCCAGCCAUUGCUAUCCACCGUGGGAUACCCCAGGAGGAGAGGCUCUCUCGGUAACAGCGGUUCAAGGAUUUUCAACGGAGGAUUCUUGUGGCUACCAACAUGUUUGGCCGAGGCAUGGACAUUGAGUGUGUGAACAUCGAUUUCAACUAUGACACGCCAGAGGACUCAGACACCUACCUGCACAGGGUGGCCAGAACGGGCUGGCUUGGCAUCAAGGGUUUGGCCAUCAUGUUUGUGUCAAAUGAGAAUGAUGCCAAGAUCCUGAAUGACGUGCAGGACCAUUUCGAAAUAACAUCAUUUAGCAGACACGGUAGAGGAUUCACCCAUUCUGGACUGUGGCAGUCUGUUGUAGGAGAGGACACAGGGGUCAGGAGGAAACACUGCCACUCUACCCAACACCUUGGCCCACCCUAUCUCUGCUUCUCUGCAUCACCACCACUCCUAAACCUAGUCCUGAGUUAUCAGAAUUGUUUGUUUGUUUAACAAAACUAAGAAUCAAA